UCCGGGUUUCUUACAGCACAUGUGAGGGUAGCGGUGCGGUGAACCUAACUUAACUGAUGUCGGAAAAUACAUUUCUUUCUACACUCCUCAUGCUGCUGACCGCAGGAUGCUGUGCUGGUCAGAAUGUACUACCGCCGGGACCUGUGAAUGGAGCAGUAGGAGGGAGUGUGACGUUCAACACAACCAUCAAUCCAUCAACAGCCACGUUUAUUGUAAUAACUUGGACUUUCAGAAAUGCCUCUGCAUCUAUAAAUGUAAUCACCUCUACCCCUGGUGGAGAAGUUCCAGGACGUGGGUAUGAAGGCAGAGUCGGUGUGAACAAUAUCACUGGUUCUCUGGAGCUCAGGCAGCUGACAGUGGGAGAUGCUGGGGAAUACACUGUGGUAUUGACACCAAAUGGAGGAACAGCACUGAAUGGGCAAACCACUCUGAAAUUGUAUGAGAUCAUAUCUGGUGCCACCAUCACAGGCCCCACAGCACCACUGAUAGCAGGUAACAGCUCUGCCAACCUGAGCUGCCAGGCAACCGCUGGCACCAUCACCUCCAGACAGUGGCUGAAGGGUGGUCGACCACUGUCUCCUAGCAAUAGAAUCACCAUCUCAGGGGACAACAGCUCUGUGUCCAUUGACCCUGUAGAAGGCAGUGAUAAUGGACAAUACCAAUGCAAACUCACCAACCCUGUGAGCAUUGACAUGGCCACCUACACCCUGAUCGUCAACAGUACAGGUUCUUCUCUCUCUGGAGGAGCGACUGCUGGGAUUGUGUUCGGUACUUUAGUAGGAGUUGGGCUCCUCAGCGGCAGGGGCCUCUUUUGUUUGAUUGAGUCAAAGUACACAGGGAAGUGCAUUAUGUUUACAAAGACAGUGAACAUGCUGGAAGAUACGGUUUUUACUGCAGCCCUCAUACUGCUGACCACAGGUUGCUGUGCUGGUCAGAAUGUACUCCCACCAGAACCUGUGAAUGGAGCAGUAGGAGGGAAUGUGACGUUCAACACAACCAUUGAUCCUUCAACAGCACCGCAGUUUAUUGUAAUAACCUGGACUUUCAGAAAUGACUCUGCAUCUGUAACUGUAAUCACCUCUAGCCCUGGUGGUGAAGUUCCAGGACCUGGAUAUGAAGACAGAAUCAGUGUGAACAGGAUCACUGGUUCUCUGGAGCUCAGGCAGCUGACACUGGGAGAUGCUGGGAGAUACACUGUGCAGUUGACACCAAAUGGAGGCACAGCACAGAACGGGCAAACCACUCUGGGAGUGUAUGAGAUCAUAUCUGGUGCCACCAUCACAGGCCCCACAGCACCACUGAUAGCAGGUAUCAGCUCUGCCAACCUGAGCUGCCAGGCAACCGCUGGCACCAUCACCUCCAGAGAGUGGCUGAAGGAUGGUCAACCACUGUCUCCUAGUAACAGAACCACCAUCUCAGGGGACAACAGCUCUGUGUCCAUUGACCCUGUAGAAGGCAGUGAUAAUGGAGAAUACCAAUGCACACUCAUCAACCCUGUGAGCGCUGACACUGCCAGCUACAACCUGACUGUGAACUAUGGACCAGUGAAUGUAGCCAUACAGGGAGAAGAGACAGCAGAGUUCAACUCAACAGUAGUGUUUAAGUGCACGGCUACAUCGGUACCUCCUGCUAUGUUUUCCUGGUGGGUGAAUGGGACAGAGAAGCAGAAGGGUGCCAGUAUAACUAUACAGAGGCUCACCCACAGUGACUCUGGCAGUUACACCUGCAUGGCCAGCAAUGAUGUCACUGGACUGAAGGCCUCAGCUGUGCAUUAUCUGACUGUGACAGGUGGCCAAGGUCCAGGUCCUGAUACUACAGAUCCUGGUUCUUCUCUCUCUGGAGGGGCGAUUGCUGGGAUUGUGAUCGGUACUUUGUUAGGAGUGGGGGCCCUCGGCGUUGGGGGCUUCUUUGUUUGGAAAAAGUUUUUUUGACAGGCCCCCAUUUCAGCUGUUUUAGCAACAUCCAGAGAGAGACUGCUUGGAUGGUUAACAGGACUGAACCAUGACUCACAUCUUGGGCACUACAUGAUGAUGUCACAAAGGGGGUGUGCAAUUUAAUGAUGUCCUUUUCAAAUCAAAUCAUUGGCGGCAGUGUAGCAUAGUGGUUA